CCCCGGUGUUCUAAUGGGGGGCUGUAAGCAUGCAAUGUCGGGUCUCCAUCACCCCCUCCUCCUCCCCCUGCCCCUCGCACCCCUCAGUCCCUAACACUCCGUUCUUCCCCCUGUGCUGAUUGUCACACAUUGUUUACUACGGCUUGAAAUGUGACUCACAACACGGGCUAUCUGCUGGAGUACCGCUCUGACAACUGAGGGGAUUCUUUUGACGCGCGCCGUGCGUCCUGGCAAUUUUGGGGACAGACAGGCUGUGGACACUACCCUUCUGCCAUGACGGUGGAUUUGUUUGCGCUUUUAUGCGCACUGGUCAUCACAUCUUCUGCGAUGGAAGAGACCGUGAUGGACACUCGGGUGGCCACAGCUGAACUGGGCUGGACAGCGUAUCCAAAUUCUGGGUGGGAGGAGGUAAGCGGCUAUGAUGAAAACCUCAACACCAUCAGGACAUACCAGGUGUGUAAUGUCUUCGAGCCCAGUCAAAACAACUGGCUCCUCACCACCUUCAUUGAUCGCCGUGGAGCGCAGCGCAUCUAUGUAGAGAUUCGAUUCACCGUGCGCGACUGCAGCUCCAUCCCCAAUGUUCCUGGCUCAUGCAAGGAGACGUUUAACCUCUACUACUAUGAAACUGAUGCAGUCAUUGCUACUAAAGGCACCGCCUUCUGGAUGGAGGCCCCCUACCUCAAGGUAGACACCAUUGCUGCAGAUGAAAGCUUCUCACAGGUGGACUUUGGCGGGCGCCUGAUGAAAGUCAACACAGAAGUGCGGAGCUUUGGUCCUCUGUCUAAAAAUGGCUUCUACUUAGCCUUUCAGGACUACGGCGCCUGCAUGUCUCUGCUGUCAGUCAGGGUCUUUUAUAAGAAGUGCCCAAGUGUGGUGCAGAACUUUGCAAUCUUUCCAGAAACCAUGACCGGAGCUGAGAGCACCUCCCUGGUUAUUGCCAGAGGAAUCUGCAUUCCCAACUCAGAGGAAGUAGAUGUUCCAAUAAAGCUGUAUUGCAAUGGAGACGGAGAAUGGAUGGUGCCUAUUGGAAGCUGCACAUGCAAGGCUGGGUUUGAACCUGACAAUGGGAACGUAUGUCGAGCGUGCCCACCAGGUACCUUCAAGUCCACCCAGGGCCCAGGUCUGUGUCUACAAUGUCCUCCUAACAGCCGCUCCACUGCGGAAGCUGCUACCAUCUGCGUGUGCCGCAACGGCUACUACCGAGGUGAUGCUGAUCAGCCAGAUGAACCCUGCACCAGUGUUCCAUCAAGUCCCAGGAAUGUGAUCUCCAUCGUGAAUGAAACCUCUGUGAUCCUUGAGUGGCACUCUCCAAGAGAGACAGGCGGCCGUGAUGAUGUCGUCUACAACAUAGUGUGCAAGAAAUGCAGGGCGGAUCGACGCUCCUGCUCCCACUGCGACGACAACGUGGACUUUGUGCCUCGUCAGCUUGGUCUGACUGACACCAGGGUGUUCAUCAGCAACCUGUGGGCUCACACCCUGUACAGCUUUGAGAUCCAGGCCGUCAAUGGAGUCAGCAACAAGAGCCCGUAUCCUGCACAGCAUGUCUCCAUAGACAUCACCACCAACCAGGCUGCUCCCUCCAUAGUUCCCAUCAUGCACCAGAUCAGCUCCACUAUGAACAGCUUCACUCUGUCAUGGCCGCAGCCAGAGCAACCCAAUGGCAUCAUCCUGGACUAUGAGCUGCGCUACUAUGAGAAGGACCACGCUGAGAUUAACUCCACCAUCCUGCGGAGCCAAACUAACACUGCCCGUGUGGAGGGCCUCAGGGCGGGGACAGUCUAUGUGGUACAGGUGCGGGCAAGGACUGUGGCCGGCUUUGGCAAAUACAGCAGCAAGAUGUGCUUCCAAACCCUCACAGAUGAUGACUUCAAGUCGGAGCUGAGGGAGCAGCUUCCUCUGAUUGCAGGGUCAGCGGCUGCAGGAGUGGUCUUUAUUGUCUCUCUUGUUGCUAUUUCCAUCGUGUGCAGCAGGAAAAGGGCGUACAGCAAGGAGGCUGUUUACAGUGACAAGUUGCAACAUUACAGCACAGGAAGAGGCUCCCCUGGGAUGAAGAUCUACAUUGAUCCCUUUACCUACGAAGACCCCAACGAGGCUGUGCGAGAAUUCGCCAAGGAGAUUGAUGUCUCUACUGUCAAGAUCGAGGAGGUCAUUGGUGCAGGUGAAUUUGGGGAGGUGUACAAGGGGCGUUUGAAGCUGCCUGGUAAGAGGGAGAUCUAUGUGGCCAUAAAGACCCUGAAGGCGGGUUACGUGGACAAGCAGAGGCGGGACUUCCUGGCUGAGGCGUCCAUCAUGGGCCAGUUCGACCACCCAAAUAUUAUCCGUCUGGAGGGUGUCGUUACAAAAAGCCGUCCGGUCAUGAUUGUCACAGAGUUUAUGGAGAAUGGUGCCCUCGACUCCUUCCUCAGGCAAAAUGAUGGCCAGUUCACGGUAAUCCAGUUGGUGGGGAUGAUGCGUGGGAUCUCCGCUGGGAUGAAAUACCUUUCAGAAAUGAACUAUGUCCAUCGCGACCUGGCUGCACGGAACAUCCUGGUCAACAGCAACCUGGUGUGUAAAGUGUCGGACUUCGGCCUGUCACGCUACCUCCAGGACGACUCCUCUGAUCCCAGCUACACCAGUUCUCUGGGCGGGAAGAUCCCAGUGAGGUGGACAGCUCCAGAAGCUAUUGCUUACAGAAAGUUCACCUCAGCAAGUGACGUUUGGAGCUACGGCAUCGUCAUGUGGGAAGUGAUGUCAUUUGGAGAGAGGCCUUAUUGGGACAUGUCCAACCAGGAUGUAAUCAAUGCCAUUGAACAGGACUACCGCCUGCCCCCGCCCAUGGACUGCCCCAGUGCCCUGCACCAGCUCAUGCUGGACUGUUGGCAGAAGGACCGCAACGUAAGACCUCGCUUCACAGACAUCGUCAGCACCCUGGACAAGAUGAUCCGUAACCCUACCAGCCUCAAAGCUGUAGCCAACAUCCCUGCAGUGCCUUCCCAGCCACUGUUGGACAGAUCCAUACCUGACUUCAACACCUUCAGUUCAGUGGAGGACUGGCUUGCCGCCAUUAAGAUGAGCCAGUACAGAGACAACUUCCUCAACUCAGGCUUCACCUCCCUGCAGCUGGUGGCUCAAAUGACCUCAGAGGACUUGCUGAGAAUAGGAGUGACCCUGGCAGGCCACCAGAAGAAGAUUCUCAGUAACAUCCAGUCCAUGAGAGUCCAGAUGAGCCAGUCUCCCACCACUAUGGCAUGACUACAGGGGGCGCUGUGCCAUGGAACGGGCAGCAUUCGCAGGACCCUCAACGAUGGCAGCCCUCGAAUGACCCCCGAUCCAUCGGAACGCGCCAGAAUCGAGACUAUUGUCUUAAUCUAAUCCACUACCACGGCAACAGGAGACCAGGGUCUACACUACCACAUGGUUUGAAAGCUAUCACACUUCAUGCAAUCCACACCAGGAGUUCAGGGUCCAGACUUGAUACUGUUUCUCCAUUUUUCCACGAAAGGAAGACAGACAUCAGCUGCUGUUAUAGACUUCCAUUUUCGUCAUUGUAAACCAAAAUAACUCCAACAAUCAGACAUGGCCACAGGGAAUCUCUCACAACUCGGACUGUGCAGUAAAAUGAGUGAUAUCGUACUUCUCUAUUAUUUGGACUAGAGGAUUUUUAAACCGUCGACAGCAGAGUGAGACAUUUAGAAACAACAUGUGACCUGUGAUUUUAUCGUUGUCAAUGUGUGCAAUGAAGAUGCCUUGACCUGGCCAGAAAUAAGCCCCAGAAGAAGAAGAAGAAGAAGAAGAAGAAGAAGAAGAAGAAGAAGAAGAAGAAGCAAUGACCAGAAGGAUUAAUAAGUGGGAGAAAAAUACAGGGAUGUACAGUGGAGCACCGUUUUUAACUUUCACUCCAUCUUUUGCUUGUUUGAAGAAUUUUAAAGAUGUAUCUUAAAUGGACUGGUUAAAAAAUCAGAGCUUGUUAUAUUUUUUGUCCUUUGCCAUCUGUUUGUUUGUUUGUUUGUUUUUUUAUUACUAUAGCAAGAUGCCGCCCACUUGUAUUUUAACGUUAACACUACCUGUGGAGUUCUGGGUGGAAGGCCUUGCCAAAGGACUUCUUAACCAGCCCCGCCCAGAGUCAGAGAAUAUAAAUAUGUUUAUCUCUUGCUAAAUAUGAUUAUAUCUUUCAUAAUAAACCUUCAUAUUGAAGGUGAUAUGUAUGAAUAUGUAUGUACAGAACUCUCUGCUUGCAUUUUUGGCAAAGACAUAUUUGUUGACUAGAUUGUGAUAGACACAUGCGAUGUGUUGAUUCCUACAAUGCCCUGGUUCCCUUCAGAAUACUGGAACAAGACACACUGGGUUAUAUGUCUCCCAGUUCCAGGUUCACAAGGACAAUAGUGACCGGAUCUUAACCUGGGGGAAGUGUUAGAGGAAACGUGGGCUAAGAAUUGGUAUUGUAGAUCUAUAUGAAAUUGCUGUAGGAGUUAAAUAGUUGACAAAAUAUCCAUUUAUUGGAGAUCAUGUUUAAUGUGGGUGUACACAUGCUGUCUAUUGCUGGUGAGCACUUACUUGUACAGAUAUGUUUUAUGUUUUAUGUCCUUUUGUUCUGUUGCUGUUUGUGUUGGGAGUUCUCUGCACCAUCCAGAGAGGGAGGAAACUCCACAACUUGGCCGGCCCAAAGAUCAAUGGCUGUGGGCACGAAGAUUUACACACGUAUAAAACAGCAAACUUCACAGUCACACAUGCACACACACUGUGAAUGCUUGGAAGAACCACUGUGGGCAGCCAAUGAGGAUGAAGAAUGGGCGAAAAAGGACAGAAAACCUCCUCCUAUGGUACACAAUGGAUGGUGUAGCUGAAUAUGAGUGUGCACAUGUCAUCGUUUGUUCCUUUGUGUGCAUGUUUGAGAGAGUGGAUGUAUGUGUGUGUGCAAAGCAGGCACAUUUGUGUGUACAGACAUUUAUGUGUGCACAGGUACAUUGUUGGAGAGCGUGAACUGUUUAUUUUUUUCUUAUUUUGUUUGUUCCUGUAUAGCUACCACUUGUAAAUUGUGACAAGUAUGUGUCAAGAGUUUGUAAGCUGUAACUUUCUGAGAACUAUUGUACUAAAAUGCACUCAAUAAACGCCUUGGAAAACAAGU